AUGUCAUCGUCGGGCAAGGACGCCAACAGCGGGCAUUACGCCAACUAUGUGGGACCGUACCGCUUGGAGAAGACGCUGGGCAAAGGACAGACAGACCGGAAGCCUGCGGGGCAGAGAGGUCUCGUGAAGCUGGGCGUCCACUGUGUCACAUGUCAGAAAGUCGCCAUAAAGAUCGUCAACAGAGAAAAGCUCAGCGAGUCUGUUCUUAUGAAGGUGGAGCGGGAGAUAGCCAUUCUCAAACUCAUAGAGCAUCCCCACGUUUUAAAGCUGCAUGACGUCUACGAAAAUAAGAAAUACCUGUAUCUGGUGCUAGAGCAUGUGUCCGGGGGGGAGCUUUUCGACUACCUGGUGAAGAAGGGCCGGUUAACACCUAAAGAGGCCAGAAAGUUCUUCAGACAGAUCAUCUCAGCCCUGGACUUCUGCCACAGCCACUCCAUAUGCCACAGAGAUUUGAAGCCCGAGAACUUGUUGUUAGACGAGAAGAACAACAUCCGGAUAGCAGACUUUGGCAUGGCGUCUCUGCAGGUCGGGGACAGUCUGCUGGAGACCAGCUGCGGAUCUCCACACUACGCCUGCCCAGAGGUCAUCAGGGGGGAGAAGUACGACGGGAGGAAAGCAGACGCCUGGAGCUGUGGAGUCAUCCUGUUUGCACUUUUAGUGGGCGCCCUGCCUUUCGAUGACGACAACCUGAGGAAUCUUUUGGAGAAGGUGAAGCUGGGCGUUUUCCACAUGCCUCACUUUAUCCCUCCGGACUGUCAGAACCUUCUGCGCGGCAUGAUUGAAGUGGACGCCGGCAAGAGACUCACGUUAGAGCAGAUCCAGAAGCAUACGUGGUACCUAGCUGGAAAGAAUGAGCCUGAGCCCGAGCAGCCCGUCCCCAGGAAGGUGGCCAUCAGGACGCUGGCCUCAGCCGAGGAGAUCGACCCUGAUGUCCUGGAGAGCAUGCACUCGCUGGGCUGCUUCAGAGACAAGGACAAACUGACCAAAGACCUGCUGUCUGAGGAUGACAACCAGGAAAAGAUGAUCUACUUCCUCCUUCUGGACCGCAAGGAGAGGUAUCCCAGCCACGAGGACCAGAACCUGCCCCCACGAAACGAGAUCGCAGACCCUCCCAGGAAGCGCGUGGACUCGCCCAUGCUGAGCCGUCACGGCAAACGGAGGCCGGAGAGGAAGUCCAUGGAGGUGCUAAGCGUCACGGAGGGAGGGUCUCCCGUACCGGUACGACGAGCCAUCGACAUGGCAACCCACGGUCAGAGAUCGCGGUCGAUCAGCGGAGCGUCCUCCGGUCUGUCCACCAGCCCUCUCAGCAGUCCCAGGCCCAAUCGCCGGUUUUUCAUCCCGCCCCAGUCCCCAGACCUGUGUCAGUCCCCCAACUGCAGCCCCACCCACUCUCUCGAGGUCCGCCUCAACGGGGUGGGGGUGGGGCCCCGCACGCCCAACUCCUACCAGCCAAAGAUGGGGUCUCCCCUCAUGCACCCUCGCACCCAGACCCUCCCCGCCAAGCCCAGAAUGUCUGAGAAGCCCCUGCAGACCACCAGGUCCAACCCGCUCCCCAACUCAGCCCAGACCCCCACAACCCCCAAAUCUGAGCCCUCCACGCCCAGCCAGCCUCUGGCUCCCUGCAUCCCCAACAGCCCCCGGGUGAGACGCCACCCUCCCCUGACCGUCCCCCCCAAGCUCUCCAUCCCUCUCUCCCCCGUGCCUCCCAUGUCGCCCCUCCGUCGCCACCACCUCCACCCUGACCACAACGGCAAAUCUGUCCCCAUCACGCAGGUGACCCCUCACCCCUCCCCAAGAGGGAGCCCUCUCCCCACCCCCAAAGGCACCCCGGUGCACACGCCCAAGGACAGCCCGGCUGGCACGCCGCCCAGCCCGACGCCCCCGCCCAGCCCCUCCAUCGGAGGCAUGCCGUGGAGAACACGCCUCAACUCCAUCAAGAACAGCUUCCUGGGCUCGCCGCGCUUCCACCGCAGGAAAAUGCAAGUUCCCACCCAGGAGGACAUGUCCAGUCUCACCCCGGACUCUUCUCCAGAACUGGCUAAGAAGUCCUGGUUCGGAAACUUCAUCAACCUGGAGAAAGAGGAGCAGAUCUUCAUAGUGAUCAGAGACAAACCUCUCAGCUCCAUAAAGGCCGACAUCGUCCACGCCUUCCUCUCCAUCCCCAGUCUGAGCCACAGCGUCAUCUCUCAGACCAGUUUCCGGGCGGAGUACAAGUCCACAGCCGGGCCGACAGUUUUCCAGAAACCGGUGAAGUUCCAGGUGGACAUCACCUACACCGAGAGCACCAGUGCCACCAAGGAGAACGGCAUCUACUCCGUCACCUUCACCCUGCUCUCAGGUCCCAGCCGACGUUUCAAGCGUGUGGUGGAGACCAUCCAGGCCCAGCUGCUCAGCUCCAACGACCAGCCCGGCAUCCAGUCCCAGAUGUCUGAUGGCUCUCAGCGCUCAAGUUCUUUGCCCAGUAAAUCCUCCAAGCGCGGCAGCCCGUUGAGUAACUUCUUUGACGUAAUUAAACAGCUUUUUUCAGACGAGAAGAACAUCCAAGCGUCCCACUCCCCCGGCUCCCCUGCCACGCCUAGCUCCCCCGCCAAGCAUGCCCCCGGCAGCAAGCCCAACCAGCCCCCGCCCAAUGACUCUAAAUCCCCCCCUGGCAAAGACAAAACAAAGAUGGCCGCCAGCAACAGGACGCAGGAACAACCUUAA